CGCAUGCUCAGUUAUGACUCCUGUGGUUCAUAAACAGAAACACCAGCAGGAAGAAACGGCAAAGAAUCAAAGAGCAAAGAGGGGACUUUGAAGUUUUCGGACACACAUUUCCAUUAACAGCAGUAAAAGCAGCAUUUUGAGACGAAGGAAGCCCUCAACAUGGCUGCUGCUCCUGGUGCUCCUCCUCCCUCCACUAAAGGCAGCCUGAGGGAGGACCUGACCUGCGCCAUAUGCUGCGACCUGUUCCGGGAGCCUGUCAUGCUCUCCUGCAUGCACCACUUUUGCAAGGCGUGCAUCUCAAGGUACUGGAGGGGAACACAGGGUCCUGUAACCUGCCCACAGUGUCGCAAAGAGUUCAGGUCCAAGCAGUUUCAGACUAACUACCUGGUGGCAGCGAUGGUGGAGAAGGUUCGGUCCUCAACUUCAGACACCCACAUCAGAAAUCUGGAGAAAAGGCUGAGCGAGAGCUUGGUGAGCUAUAACUCAAGGAAGGAGGAUCUCAUCUGCAGUAUUCGCAAAGAUAAAGACAAGAUGGAUAUAAUAAAGAAGGUUGGAGCAGAUCUGCAGGUGCAUGUCAGGGGUGAGUUCAGAGCUCUGCAUCAGAUCCUGCAGGAGGAGGAGGCCUGUAUGCUGGAUCAGCUGAGAAGAGAGGAGGAGGAGGAUCUGGAGAAGGUCCAGCACCACUUGGAGGCCACCGAGCUGGCUAUACGGGAACUAGAAAACAACAUAAAACUGUUACAGCAGUCGAACAUCGCACUGACCGAGUUCCCACAGUUAAGGCCCUGUGCAGAGGUGAAUACUGCGCCGGAUUUUGAUAUCAGUGCCUUCAGCAGCAAAUACAUGGCUCCAUUACAGUACAUCACAUGGAGAAGGAUGUUCAAGGCCCUAAAGCCAGGUCCUGCUGCCCUAACGUUUGACGUCGACACGGCACAUCCUAGCAUUCACGUCUCCCGGGACAAAACCGUGGCAGUCGAAUGUGAUGUCAUGACCCAGCACACGAGCAACAGCAAGCGUUUCCUCCAGUGUGUCAACAUCCUGGCUGCCCAGGGCUUCCAGUCAGGGCGACACUACUGGGAAGUCGAAGUGGGCUCCAGCCCCAAAUGGGACCUGGGCGUGGCCUCUGAGACCGUAAACAGGAACGCUCGGAUCAAGCUGAGCCCAGAGAACGGCUACUGGACUUUGCGACUGCGGAAUGGCGGCGAGUACUGGGCCGGAACACAGCCGUGGACCAGGGUGCAUCUCAGGUCAUCCCCACAGAGGAUUGGGGUGUACCUGGACUGCGACGAGAGGAAGGUGGCCUUCUACGAUGCUGAUGAUAUGAGCCUGCUCUACUUGUUCAGCAAGAGCCCGAGGGGCAAAGUGUUCCCCUUCUUCAGCCCCUGCAUCAGUGAAAAUAGACAGAAACCUCAUAUCGUGAAGCUCGUCCAUUACCCUUCUGUGGCUCUGGCUAACUGAAGCCAGUCAGUACUGCGACCAAAGACUUAUCAUUCAGUAUUCAAAAGACACCACUGCCAUAACGUGCAUUAUUACAUUGUAGGAGAAGUUUAAUUUUAGCUUUUCUCAAAUUUUCUUUGUGGUAAUCAUGUUAUUGACAUUAUAUGGAAAUAAAUACAGUUUUUUUUUUCAUUAAAAUCAGGAUGAUUGUCUUGGAGUGAUUUGGAGGGAGAAGUUUCUGGUCACUUUUGUUUUUAAUCAGUAUUGAAUGAACUGUGGAAUUUAUUCUGAGAUGUUAUAUUUGAUUAAAUGGUCCCUCGUGUUUUAUGCACGAGUUUGAAAUAGGUCUGUUCUGCUUGUAAGCUUUUCAAUUUGACAACUGAUCUCCUGUAAACAUUCAUUUGUGGUCAUUGUAUGUUCGUAGUUUCAAACUCCUAUGCAUGCAUUGUGUUUCAUACAUAGAUGUAUCAUCCAUUUCCCAGUUACUGUAAAGCUGCUGAAGCAGAUAAUAAACCAAGUCAACAUUU